AUUUGACUAAAAUGUCAUCAUCACUUUAUAGAACUGUCUCUGGACUACCAAGGUUAUUUCGAAAGAAACCAUGUCUAUCUUUGAAUCAAAGGCAUAUAUUUACGGGAAGUUGUAUUGAUGCAAGUGAUGGCUUACAUGAUGACCAAGUCCAGAUACAACAAAUGGCAAGAAAUUUUGCUGAUAAUGAAAUGGCACCUAAAAUGAAAGAAUGGGAUCAAGAGGAAUAUUUUCCAAGGGAUGUAUUUAAGAAAGCAGGAGAAUUAGGAUUUGGUGCUGUAUAUUGUAGAGAGAAAUAUGGUGGUACAGGACUCAAGAGAUUAGAUGCCUCUGUUAUAUUUGAAGCAUUAGCAACUGGUUGUGUGAGCACUACAGCCUAUAUUAGUAUUCAUAAUAUGUGUGGCUGGAUGGUUGAUGAAUUUGGUAGUGAUUCUUUACGUGAAAAAUGGAUACCUAAAUUAGCAUCCAUGGAAACAUGUGCAUCAUACUGCCUAACAGAGCCUGGUGCUGGUAGUGAUGCAGCUUCUUUAAUUACAUCGGCCAAGAAGGAUGGUGAUCAUUAUGUUUUAAAUGGUGAAAAGGUAUUUAUAAGUGGUGCCGGCGCUACUGAUGUAUAUAUAGUUAUGUGUAGAACUGGUGGGGAGGGAGCCAAAGGAAUCUCAUGUUUUUUAAUUGAAAAAGAUACUCCUGGUUUGUCAUUUGGUAAAAAAGAAAAGAAGGUGGGCUGGAAUUCUCAUCCAAUAAGAGCUGUCAUAUUUGAAGAUUGUAAAGUGCCAGUUUCUAAUAGAAUUGGUGAAGAGGGGGAAGGUUUUACUAUAGCAAUGAGAGGUUUAAAUGGUGGACGAAUAAAUGUAGCAUCCUGUUCACUUGGUGGUGCCCAUGCUAGUAUGGAACAUGUCAGAAAUCAUUUUAAAGUCAGGAAACAAUUCGGCCAAACUUUAGAGAACUUCCAGUAUUUACAGUUUAUGUUUGCUGAUAUGGCAGCAGCUCUACUAGCUUCUAGAUUAUUAGUUAGGAAUGCUGCUGAAGCUUUAGACAAUACUGCUCCUAAUGCUGUUCCUUUGUGUUCUAUGGCUAAAUUAUUCGCAACAGAAGAAUGUUUUAAAAUUUGUAAUCAAGCUCUACAGAUGUUUGGUGGUUAUGGCUAUUUAAAGGAAUAUCCUGUACAACAAUAUUUUAGAGAUAGCAGAGUACAUUGUAUUUUAGAGGGUACCAAUGAAAUGAUGAGAUUAUUAGUUUCAAGAGAUAUAUUGAAAGAAAGAUAACUCUUCCACUACAGUCCACAGUGGUGUGCUUCUUACUCAGGUGAUAGAAAUGAACCCAGUGAUUUAAAAAAAAAAAAAA